CUUUAUAGUCUUAAGAUCUUAUAGUACCCUGUACAGAUUCAAGACACCUUGUGCCAGAGGCAGCAAAGCAGCCUGAAAACAUAACCGAGCCUCCUCCAUGCUUCGCAAUAGAACAUUCUCCUCGAAGCUUUGUGGCUUGUCAUUUGGACCGAUAAGAUUUCACAACACGAGAAAACCUUCACAACAUCGGAGGAGAGUCCCUUUAUACUUGGAGAAGGAGUGAUGUCACAUGCCGUGUUGUUACCUGUUGCUCUUUGACCACCUCUCUAAUACACAGAAGUUGCCUUAGAUUUUAGAGACAUAGUUUCCACAUCUGUGGUGAGCAAUAUAGAAAACAGAAGUUCCCAAACUAAUGAUAAUAGUGCACUACAGUGUUUCUCCCAAACUGGGACUGUCUGCAUGUGAGAGCCGGACUAUUGACAGUGCCCAGGACGCCUGCAGCUGAUCCUUUACUGGAGCCGACAAUAUGGGCGCAGCAGCGCCGCUGACCCUGCUGAUCUUAAUAAGUGUCAGAAAUGGUUUGAAAAACCAAGGUUCGGUGCCCGCUAAAAGUGAAGAAAUAAUACAGGCUGGGAGCCAUGUCACCUUAAAAUGCGUUGGUAAUGGAACUGUGAAAUGGGUCGUUCAAGGAAGGGAAAACAGACCAACUAACAAUGACAUAAUUCAAAUAAAAACUGCUACCUAUGGUGACACGAGAACCUACAGAUGUGUAUAUACUUCUCCGUUAUCUACAGAAAGUGCAUCAGUACAUCUCUUUGUAAAAGAUGGAUCAAACUACUGGAACCCCCUACAAAUAAAUGUACUAGCUUAUGAAGGCCAGGAUGCCUUAAUUCCAUGCCUUUUAACAGAUCCCUCAAUUCCAGACUCUGCAGUAUCCUUGGAAGAUGCAGACAAUUCUGGGAAAAGACUUAAUACAUCAUUUGAUGCUAAGAAAGGUUUUACAAUCCGGAAUGUGCAGAGAGAUAUUUCUCAAAUCUCUUUCCAGUGUGUUGCCAGAGUGAACGGCAAUAAAAAGAUAUCAGAAGAUCUGAUAAGGAUUAACACCAGAACAGUGCAAAUCAUGCCUACAGUCUCUCUGACAUCCUAUCAACAUAUCAGAAUUCAAGGGGAAAUUUUUGAGGCUACUUGCAUUGCAAAGAGUAAUGUCCAUUCUUCCAUUAAAUGGGAAGGCAGCACAAAAAAUAAGAUCACAGCAAGAACCGAAGUCUAUUAUAAAUCAGAUGGUUGGAUCACAAGUUCCAAACUAACUAUGUUGAAUGUGAGCUUUGAAGACAGCGGGAACUACACCUGCAUUGCGAGAACCGACGGGGGAUCCAACAGAGCUACAGGAAACCUCCAAGUCAUAGAAAAAGCCUUUAUAAAUCUUUCAACAAUGAAAAACAGAAGUAUGACAUUAUUUAAGGGUGACAGCGUGGAUCUGCCGGUAGAUGUAGAAGCUUACCCAAGUCAACUUUCCUGGAAAUGGUUACACAACAAUAUUGGCUAUACAAAGAAUGUCAGCUCUCUGUCAACAUGGAAGGACAAUGGACCUUACAGGAAGAAGGGCACCCUGACCCUGAAUCGCCUAAAUGAAAAUGAGAUCGGGACAUACACUUUGUUUGUAAAUAAUUCAAAAACCAGCGCUUCCCUGUCUUUUGAAAUAAAGUUGUACAGUAUUCCAGUGGUUGAUAUGAGUUCUUAUACUGUAAAUGAUACCCAGGUCGUGAGUUGCAUGUCACAAGGGUUCACAUUACCAACUAUUGAAUGGCAUCAAUGCAGUAACACAAGCUGCUCAGAUGAAGAUAAGGUCCAUUUGAGUGGUGAUCAGAUCCUGGAUGUACAAGAGGAUCGGGUUAUAAGCAUCUUAAGUCCACAUGACAACCUCAGCAAUACUACAGUAUUUUGUACAGCUUCAAACAUUGCCGGAAACACAACAGCAAAGAUAUUAUUCACUAACACCAUUCUUCCAAGUACAUCGGAGAGCAGGGCAGAACCCCAACAGUUCAACCUAAUACUGAUAGGAGUGACAGGAGCAGCAGUCUUCUUCCUCUUGCUUUCGGUGUUCUUCUUUUACAAAUAUAAACAGACACCAAAAUAUGAGAUCCGCUGGCAGAUGGUCCAGAUGUCUGAAGGCAACCAGUACAUAUGCAUCGACCCAACCCAACUGCCCUACAAUGAGAAAUGGGAGUUUCCAAGAGCUAAUCUGCAGUUUGGAAAGACUAUUGGAGCAGGUGCAUUUGGAAAGGUGAUGGAAGCAACAGCCUUCGGGAUGGGAAAAGAUGAUUCGGCCCUAAGAGUUGCUGUGAAAAUGUUAAAACCCAGUGCCCAUACAGAUGAGAAGGAAGCGUUGAUGUCAGAGCUUAAAAUUCUCAGUCAUUUGGGAAACCAUGGGAACAUCGUGAAUCUUCUGGGUGCUUGUACAAGUGGAGGCCCAAUUUUGGUGAUCACUGAAUAUUGUCAGCACGGAGACCUGUUGAACUUCAUGAGAAGAAAAGCCGAACUCAUGAACAAUAUGUUUACUGCAGUCCACACAGAUUCCAAUGGCGACUACAAAAAUAUGGCCGUGGAUCAAAAGUAUUUGGGAAGUGACAGUGGACUGGGAAGUGAAAUGAAAGACAGCUAUAUUGAUAUGAAACCAAUCUCCAACAUGGGCUCCACACCAGAAAAUUCACUGGAGGAGGUUGAAGAAGACAUGGAUGAUCAUUUACCAUUGGACCUACAUGACCUUCUAAACUUUUCACUCCAAGUAGCUCAAGGAAUGUCAUUCUUGGCUUCUAAGAAUUGCAUUCACAGAGAUGUCGCCGCAAGAAAUGUAUUGAUAACCCAUGGACGCGUUGCUAAGAUCUGCGACUUCGGCCUGGCCAGGGACAUUGAGAAUGACAGCAACUAUGUUGUCAAAGGCAAUGCUCGACUUCCAGUUAAGUGGAUGGCCCCAGAGAGCAUCUUUGACUGUAUCUACACUGUACAAAGUGAUGUUUGGUCCUACGGAAUCCUACUGUGGGAGAUCUUUUCUCUUGGCAGGAGCCCAUAUCCUGGGGUUAUUGUCAACCGCAAGUUUUACAAGAUGAUAAAAGAUGGAUACAAGAUGGACUGCCCAGAUUUUGCUCCACUGGAUGUAUAUCGCAUCAUGAAAGCAUGCUGGGACUUGGAGCCCACACAUCGGCCAACCUUUAGCCAGAUCACUGAUCUCAUCAACAGACAGAUGAACCUGAUCACAAACCAGGAAUACGCAAACAUCAUUCCGGACCAACAAGCUGAAGAAUGUACCGAUACAAAGUGUGCGGAUUCCCAGACGCCUCUCAUCAAAGGAAACAACUACCAGUUCUGCUAGUCCGAGACUUACACACUGGGUUCUACAAAGUCAAUACCAUACAUGCAAAGUGUUGGUAUAACAUGGAAGGACCGUCAGGAUUCAUUAUGUAACAUUGAUUGGGGCAUUAAUAGCAUAUUAAGCUAACAUUUGAACAUGGUCUCUUGGUUUGGGGACGGAUAAACUGUAGCAUUUGUGUCAUAGCACUGGAAAAGCUAAUACUGCCAUGUUUUGUUAAAAACAAUUCACUAUAUACUUGAUGAACCACUGACAACCAUUAACUGACUUACAUCUGUCCAGUUCUUAUGAUAUUCCACUUGGGGGAUCAAGAACAUAAAUAUGACCAACCAAGAAAUGGGGGGGGGGGGGGGGGGCACUUUUUUCCACUUUAUUUUUAUUUCAAUGUUUGUUAACUCCAGUCAGAACUGGACAUUUUGAUAUUUACAGCAUUGUAUAUGUUUCUAAACUGCCCAAUAUAAAUAUUCUGUGCCAUCUGGAUAUGCGGUAACAGUACGGUUUCUACAUUGGCUUCAUGAUACAUUUGCAUCCACACCAGGAAAUGUGUCGGCUGAAUGUAAAUUGUCACCUUUGCUUAUAUGAAGUUACACUGGCUUAUUAGUCAACUCAAUGUGUUCACAAAUCAGGGUUCACUGAGACCUAGUUAGGGGUUCCUAAGAUGAUAACAGCAGUGAGCGGUCAUUUGAGGAGGGCCCCUCCCCCCCCCUAUCAUUAAAAAUAAUGGUAUCUUUUAUGGCAGAGGGGCCCCAGGACAUGGGUACAGCUACCUCUUCUUCAUCCCUGGUUACACCAAUGGCUGUCAAUUUCCCUGGAUUAUUAUUUUAUUUUUUUUUGUCUCCGUCAUAAUCAGGUUGAGACAAAAAAUGUAGAGCUAAGUUGCAUCAAUAUAUUUACUUGAGUCAUUGGAAACUGGAAAAAAAAUAUGAAAAAAAAAGCAUUGCUAUAACGAUUGUCUGUUAAUGGUUUAAACCAUACAUUAUAAGCUAUUAUGGUAUAUACUCUAUUUGCGAUGUUUAAGGCAGCAGUGUUAUCACUAUAAAGCUAUGUGAUUAUAUAUUAUCUAUAUAGCACCUAUAGCAUUAAAGGGUAUAUCCUAUGCAUAUUGAUAUAUAGGAUACUAACACAUACAUUAUAUAGGAGAAUAUCAUUAUACUAGAAUAAUCUUGCAGAAUGCAAAUGUCCGAAACUUAUAUUAAUAAAAUGUUGCCAGGCCAGGGCUUCGUAUUGGAUUGCCUAAGAAUUUAAAUGGGUAUUCCGGCUUUAUAUAUCUUAUCCCUAUCCAAAGGAUAGGGGAUAAGAUGUAUGAUCGCAGGGGUCCUGCCACUGGGGACCCCCGCGAUCUCAGUGAAGCACCCGGCAUUCUGUGCCGGCACUGCCUCUGAGAUGGGGACGUGAGGUCAUGGCCACGCCCCCUACUGACCUCACAUCCCUCCAUUCAUGUCUAUGAGAGGGGACAUGACGGCCGUCACGCCCCCUCCCAUAGACAUGAAUGGAGGGGUGUGGUGUGAUGUCACUAGGGGGCGUGACCGUGAUGUCAUGUCCUUGUCUCGUAGGCAGCGCCCAGAACAGAAUGCCGGGGGCUGCACAGAGAUUGUAGGGGUCCCCAGUGGCGUGACCCCUGUGAUCAUACAUCUUAUCCCCUAUCCUUUGGAAAGGGGAUAAGAUGUAUAAAGCCAGAAUACCCCUUUAAAGGAAUUGUUUCUGCUAGAAGGGUCUGACAACAAUAGGCUGGUCACAUCAGCAAUCACCUGUCAGGGGCACUUGCUGUGGCACCUGACACUGUUAGUAUGGGACUAAAAAGGUGCAUAAACCCUUUCCGUUCCACCCAGAGGAGCCCACAGGUUGUAAGAAUAAGGAUAACAUUAUUAUGUUAUCCUUCCAUAUAAUUACCUCUGGGACGUUGAUCCUGACAACAGAGGACAAAUCUGAAUGAAUGGCAGUGCGCAUGCGCAGCCAGUGCUCUAAUCAUGCUCUAUGGGAUUUCUGAACAUUUUUGAGCAGUCAAACCCCACCGAUCUACUAGUGAUCCCCUAUUCUGGAUGUAGAGGAUACAUUUUGAUUAUGAUAAUACACAUAUAACAUAGUUAAUAUGAAGGCAUGCACACAUUACGCUCUGGUCAUUUGAGGAGAUUCCAUUCAGGGUAUGUUGUAACAUAGCUUAACAGUGGAUAUGAUUUGCCUAUCCUCAUUGCUGGUCCUGGGGUUUCCUUUGUUCCCGCAGCCAUUACAGCAUGAUUAUUUGUUCUCCAUCAUCACUAGCUGAAACUGUGGCAUCUCACGCAUAGUAUUCCUGAUUUAAAGGGAUUCAAGACAUCCACGUAUAACAGUCAUUUGAAUUGCUGUCAUUUUAUACUCAUUGUCCCCUGCAGUAACCAUUGUUUCUCUGUAACAAGAUUAAUGAAACAUCAUAUUCAAUGCACAGAUCAUAAAAAUCAAAAGGGGUAUUCCAGGUUCCACCCCAAGACAUAUAACUUACUAACAUGGUGUUAUGAUAAAAUUGUACUGGAUCCAGCAUGCUUUUAUGUGACUCCCCACGACAGAAAGUUGUGUAGUUCUUUCAUUGUCAGUUUAUUGUUGUCAUAGCAGCUUCCCGGCUUCUCCAUCCUAAGACAACAUAUCAUCCUCUGUCAUCCUAGGAGGUGUGGCUGGAUCUUGUUUCUGAACUCGAGACCCGCCCCGAAUGAUGUCACCACUUCUGCCCUGCCCCCACAGCCUACAUCACAAUCCCCCUCUCAUAUACACAUUUAUCUUUAUUGGGACUUUUAGGGAAAUUUGAGGAGUGUUUUUUACCUCAUCGCCAUGUGCUGAACAAUGCCAUAGCCAGAGGAGCAGACAGGUAAUCAAUACUGCAGGUGCUGCAACUUCCCUGAUUGUUUAAUAGUCUGCUGUAAAAUGAGAUUUUCUGUAACAGCUCUGGGCAGGGAACUGUCAGGAGUGCUGAGAGAGAUUUGCUUCUGCAACCUUUUUUACCUGAUGUCGGUGUACCCUUUUAACAAGACUUACAUUUUUAAGUAUUAAAAAAUGACCCAUUAGAAAGUUUUGACCAUUACUAACAUAGUAUAGUGCCACCUGAUGUUCAAGGUGUAUAAUAACACACAUGUCCAUCUAAUGAGCCGAGUCCUGGAGGAAACACAUGGUUAGUCACUCUCCCCCAUAGCCAAUAGUGUUGCUCGCGAAUAUUCGCAAUUCGAAUAUUAUUCGCGAAUAUCGCAUAUUCGCGAAUAUAGCGCUAUAUAUUCGUAAUUACGAAUAUUCGUUUUUUUUUUUUUUUUUUUCUUCACAGUACACAUCACAGUGAUCACCCCUCUCUGCUUCCAGCUUGUGUGGUGUAAAGAAGGCUGUAAUACUACUGUGUGAGACUGGCGUGCGAAAAUUCGAUUAUACGAAAAUUAGAAUAUGCUAAUUUUCGCAUAUGCGAAUUUUCGCAGUGCUAAUUUUGUAUAUGCGAAUUUUCACAUAUGUUAAUUUUCGCAUACGCGAAUCUUCGCGUAUGCGAAAAUAAAACGAGAAUAUAACGAAUAUGCGAAUAUUCGCGAAUAUAUACGAAUAUUCGUCCAUAUAUUCGCGAAUAUUCGCAAAUUCGAAUAUGGCCUAUGCCGCUCAACACUAAUAGCCAAGUCUCAGUGUAGUGAUCUUCUGUUCACUUCAGGGAAGCCAAUAGGAAUAGCCUUCUGCCCUGCUCGUCAGGGAAAAGAGUAGAGAAUCUGCAGUAGCACAGCUGUAAAGAAGACUCCUUCUGCAGGGAAAGUAAGAAGGGACAAUAUUAUCAGCUGCCAGAGGGGGAAGGAGACUGAUUCUGCCCAAAGCUCAGCAGGAUGGCUUAUAGUAGAACCACAAAGAAGGACACAUUUUUAAAGCUAGAAAUGGCCCUGCAGUUAAUUUUAAAGCAGCUAUUAACAGCCUUUCACUAUUUUUGGUAUAAAGAGGAUUCAUGGGACAACUCUUUUAACUAUACAUUGAUUAUAAUAACAUGAGUUUUUUUGUUUUGUAAUCUAUACCUAGUAAGAUGAUAUCAUAUUCUUCUAAAGCAUAAUAUUAAUUUAUGUUCCUCUUUGUAACCAUGAUCAAAUUUCAAACAUGCUUUUUUAACAACUGGAAUCCGUGUCUAAGGCUCGUGAGAAGCCACUAACAGUAUUAUUUUUAUUCUAAAUAAAUUCUUU